CUUCAAUGAAUUACUAUAUUAAUGAAAUUUAAUAUGAAAUGAAUCAGUUUCUUUAUAUUUUUUUCUUAGUCAAAAUUAUAGAUUCAUAUUAAAAUUGCAUAGCAACAGUGAUAAUUCCUUCUGUUCUUUUUCGUUGAUUAGAUAAUUGAAAAAACAUGAAGAAACUCUCAUUUUCUGCGGAAGUAUGGACAAAAAUCUUUAUUGUAGUGAAUAGUUUAUUUAUAGUAUUCAGUUUUAUUAUGUUUGCACUAGGUAUUAGUGCAUUAGAUACAUUACUUAAAUAUAGUACAAUUAUACAAGUGGCACCACCAGCAAUUUUUGGAACUGUUAUAUUUACAGGAUUAGUUGGAAUUAUAGCAUCAAGUGUUGGAUUUCUUGGAUUAUGGAAAAAAAUGAAAAUGAUUGCUUUUGUGCAUAUGAUUGGUUUGGGUAUAGCAACAUUUGUGAAUAUAUGUAUUGCUAUUGCAGCAGUUGCUACACAAGAUCAAUAUGCAUCAGAUGUACAACAAUCGUUGCUUAGUUCUAUAUCAAAUUAUAAUCAAACUUCAUAUUCAGCGGAAUUCGAUAGCUUACAGACUAGUUUCUAUUGUUGUGGAGCUACCUCGUACAAAGAUUAUGUACAAUAUAGCAUGAAGAUACCACCGUCUUGUAGAGUUCGGGAAUUGACCUAUGCAACAGGUUGUAUUGAAGAAAUAGCUGGUUUUGCACAACAAUACUCAAAUAUAUUAAUAGGUCUAUGUUUUCUCACAGCUAUUCUUCAAGGUGUCUAUUUAGGCAUCUCAAUUUGGAUGAUUCGUAAAUCUGAUGAUGGAAUUGCUUUCUCUGCAUAAACAUUAUAUACCAUUAAAGAUCAUGAUCAUUAUUAUUAUGGCAAAGGAAAGAAAACAAAAACUGACAAAAAUACCAUUUGUUUUUUGUUCUUUUCAUUCUAUUUUGAUUCUAUCACUAUUUUUGUUUCUAGGCUAAAUACAUGAACUAAUAUUACCGACGAUAAACAUAUAAGACGGCUAUUACUUAUUAUUCAACUCAUAUUUUUGACUAUAUUAUGACUAUAUAUUGAAUGAGUCUUCAAUAAAUGCCAUUCCAUUAGUAUUUCUAAGUUGCUGUAGUUGCCAUGGUAACCAUUGUAUUGUAAUUACCUUUUUAAUACAUAAUUCUAAGAGAUGUAUCAUAACUUAUCGAUCGAGUUCUUUUUUUGUUUUAAAAAUGUUUUCUCUGAGGUAUAUUUAUAAUCUCAGGUUAAUUGGAAUAUGAUAAAUGUAGCAAAUAUUAUUGUCUCCCCUACUAUUAAUGUAAGUAUGUUUACAUUGUUAGUAUAUUUGAUUUUGAUGUGUACGUGUUAUGAAAGAAAUUUUUUUUUAAAAAAAAUCAUCACAUGAUUCAUAUAGGUAAGCAAUUUAAAUAAACACAUCAUUUUUCUUA